GAAGCCGACCGGAAGCUGCUCCGGGUGCUGCGACAAACCUGACUUCAGGGGCCGUCGUAAAAGUGUCGUCUCCGGCGCGUCGGGCUGGCCACAGGUUUCCGCUCGCCCGCGGCCGGGGGUCGAGAACUGCGGGCAUUCGUCUCCCUUAAGAUGGCGGACGACGAGACAGACAGCGGCGAGAGGAUGGACGUCAGCCCCGAGCCUUCCCUGGCCCCUCAGCCGCCGACCUCGUGGUGGGAUCAACAAGUUGAUUUUUAUACUUCUUUCUUACACCAUUUGGCACAAUUAGUGCCAGCAAUUUAUUUUGCUGAGAUGGACCCAGAUUUGGAAAAGCAGGAAGAGAAUGUACAGACAUCAAUAUUCACUCCAUUGGAAUGGUACUUAUUUGGAGAGGAUCCGGAUAUUUGCUUAGAGAAAUUAAAACACAGUGGAGCAUUUCAGUUGUGUGGGAAGGUUUUCAAAAGUGGAGAAACAACAUAUUCUUGUAGGGACUGUGCAAUUGAUCCAACAUGUGUUCUCUGUAUGGACUGCUUCCAGAGUAGUGUUCAUAAAAACCAUCGUUACAAGAUGCAUACUUCUACUGGAGGAGGGUUCUGUGACUGUGGAGACACAGAAGCCUGGAAAACCGGCCCCUUCUGUAUGGAUCAUGAACCUGGAAGAGCAGGCACUACAAAAGAGACCUUGAAUUGCCCAUUGAAUGAAGAAGUGAUUGCUCAAGCCAGGAAAAUAUUCCCUUCGGUGAUAAAAUACUUUGUAGAAAUGACUAUAUGGGAAGAAGAAAAGGAACUGCCUCCUGAACUACAGAUAAGGGAGAAAAAUGAAAGAUACUAUUGUGUCCUUUUCAACGACGAGCACCAUUCAUACGAUCAUGUGAUAUACAGUCUACAAAGAGCUCUUGACUGUGAGCUCGCAGAGGCACAGUUGCACACCACUGCCAUAGACAAAGAGGGUCGCCGGGCUGUCAAAGCAGGCGUUUAUGCUGCUUGCCAGGAAGCAAAAGAGGACAUAAAGAGUCAUUCAGAAAAUGUCUCUCAGCACCCGCUCCACGUGGAAGUGCUGCACUCCGUGGUUAUGGCUCACCAGAAAUUUGCUUUGCGCCUUGGCUCUUGGAUGAACAAAAUUAUGAGCUAUUCAAGUGACUUUAGGCAGAUCUUUUGCCAGGCCUGCCUUGUAGAAGAACCUGGCUCUGAAAAUCCCUGUUUUAUAAGCAGACUAAUGCUCUGGGAUGCAAAACUUUAUAAAGGAGCCCGUAAGAUCCUUCAUGAACUGAUCUUUAGUAGUUUUUUUAUGGAGAUGGAAUACAAAAAACUCUUUGCUAUGGAAUUUGUGAAGUACUAUAAACAACUGCAGAAGGAAUAUAUCAACGAUGAUCAUGACAGGAGCAUCUCGAUAACCGCACUGUCUGUUCAGAUGUUCACUGUCCCGACCCUGGCCCGACAUCUUAUUGAAGAACAGAAUGUUAUUUCUGUCAUUACUGAAACUCUGCUAGAAGUUUUACCUGAGUACUUGGACAGGAACAAUAAAUUCAACUUCCAGGGCUAUAGCCAGGACAAACUGGGAAGAGUAUAUGCAGUAAUAUGUGACCUAAAAUACAUCCUGAUUAGCAAGCCUCUAAUGUGGACAGAAAGGUUAAGAGUGCAAUUCCUUGAAGGUUUCCGGUCUUUCUUGAAGAUUCUUACCUGUAUGCAGGGAAUGGAAGAAAUCAGAAGACAAGUUGGGCAGCACAUUGAAGUAGACCCUGACUGGGAGGCUGCCAUUGCUAUACAAAUGCAGCUUAAGAAUAUUUUGCUCAUGUUCCAAGAGUGGUGUGCUUGUGAUGAAGAUCUCUUACUAGUGGCUUAUAAAGAAUGUCACAAAGCUGUAAUGAGAUGCAGUACAAAUUUCAUGUCUAGUACCAAGACAGUAGUACAAUUGUGUGGUCAUGUUUUGGAAACCAAGUCCUACAAAGUGUCUGAGGAUCUUGUAAGCAUACAUCUACCACUCUCUAGAACGCUUGCUGGUCUUCAUGUACGUUUAAGCAGACUAGGUGCUGUUUCAAGACUGCAUGAAUUUGUGCCUUUUGAGGGCUUGCACGUAGACGUCCUAGUGGAGUACCCUUUGCGCUGUCUGGUGCUGGUUGCCCAGGUUGUUGCUGAGAUGUGGCGAAGAAAUGGGCUGUCUCUCAUUAGUCAGGUUUUUUAUUACCAGGAUGUUAAAUGCAGGGAAGAAAUGUAUGAUAAAGAUAUCAUCAUGCUUCAGAUUGGAGCUUCUAUAAUGGAUCCCAACAAGUUCUUGUUACUGGUACUUCAGAGGUAUGAACUAGUCGAUGCUUUUAACAAGACCGUAUCCACGAAAGACCAGGAUUUGAUUAAACAGUAUAAUACAUUAAUAGAAGAAAUGCUUCAGGUCCUCAUCUAUAUUGUGGGGGAGCGUUAUGUACCUGGAGUGGGAAAUGUUACCAAGGAGGAAGUCAUAAUGAGAGAGAUCACUCACUUGCUCUGCAUUGAGCCUAUGCCACACAGUGCCAUUGCCCGAAACCUACCUGAGAAUGAAAAUAACGAAACUGGCUUAGAGAAUGUCAUAAACAAAGUGGCCACAUUUAAGAAACCAGGUGUAUCAGGCCAUGGAGUCUAUGAAUUGAAAGACGAAUCACUGAAAGACUUCAAUACGUACUUUUACCAUUACUCUAAAACACAGCACAGCAAGGCUGAACAUAUGCAGAAGAAAAGGAGAAAACAAGAAAAUAAAGAUGAAGCAUUGCCACCGCCACCUCCUCCUGAGUUCUGCCCUGCUUUCAGCAAAGUGAUCAACCUUCUCAACUGUGAUGUCAUGAUGUACAUUCUCAGGACCAUAUUUGAGCGGGCAGUAGACACAGAUUCUAAUUUGUGGACAGAAGGGAUGCUCCAAAUGGCAUUCCACAUAUUGGCACUGGGCUUGCUGGAAGAGAAGCAGCAGCUUCAGAAAGCUCCUGAAGAAGAAGUGAUGUUCGACUUCUACCAUAAGGCUUCAAGAUUGGGAAGUUCAGCCAUGAAUGCCCAGAAUAUACAAAUGCUUUUGGAGAAGCUCAAAGGAAUCCCCCAAUUAGAAGGCCAGAAGGACAUGAUUGCAUGGAUACUCCAGAUGUUUGACACAGUGAAGCGAUUAAGAGAAAAAUCAUCUUUAGUUGUGGCAUCCACUUCAGGCUUGGAAUCCAUUAAGAGUGAUGAGACUACUCAUGAUAAAGAAAAAGCAGAACGGAAGAGAAAAGCUGAAGCUGCUAGGCUUCACCGCCAGAAGAUCAUGGCCCAGAUGUCCGCCUUACAGAAAAACUUCAUUGAGACUCACAAACUCAUGUAUGACAAUACGUCAGAAAUGCCAGGAAAAGAAGACUCCAUUAUGGAGGAAGAGAGCACUCCAGCGGUCAGUGACUACUCUAGAAUUGCUUUGGGUCCUAAGCGGGGUCCAGCUGUUACUGAAAGGGAGGUGCUCACAUGCAUCCUCUGCCAAGAAGAACAAGAGGUGAAACUAGAAAACAAUGCCAUGGUAUUAUCAGCCUGUGUCCAGAAAUCCACUGCCUUAACCCAGCACAGGGGGAAACCCAUAGACCUCUCAGGGGAAAUUCUGGACCCUCUUUUCAUGGAUCCUGACCUGGCACAUGGAACUUAUACAGGAAGCUGUGGUCAUGUAAUGCAUGCAGUGUGCUGGCAGAAGUAUUUUGAAGCUGUACAACUAAGUUCUCAGCAGCGCAUUCAUGUGGACCUGUUUGACUUGGAGAGUGGAGAGUACCUGUGCCCACUCUGCAAGUCUCUGUGCAACACUGUCAUCCCCCUCAUUCCCGUGCAGCCUCAGAAGGUCAACAGUGAGAAUGCAGAGGCCCUUGCUCAGCUCUUGACCUUGGCACGGUGGAUACAGACUGUUCUUGCCAGGAUAUCAGGUUAUAAAAUGAAGCACAGUAAAGGAGAGGCUCCAGCAGUUCCUGUAUUGUUUAAUCAAGGAAUGGGAGAUUCGACUUUUGAGUUUCAUUCCAUCCUGAGUUUUGGAGUUCAGUCUUCGGUGAAAUAUUCUAAUAGUAUCAAGGAAAUGGUCGUUCUCUUUGCCACAACGAUUUACAGAAUUGGACUGAAAGUGCCUCCUGAUGAACUGGACCCGCGAGUGCCCAUGAUGACCUGGAGCACGUGUGCUUUCACUGUCCAGGCCAUCGAAAACCUAUUGGGAGAUGAAGGAAAACCUCUAUUUGGAGCACUUCAAAAUAGGCAGCAUAACGGUCUGAAGGCAUUAAUGCAGUUUGCGGUUGCACAGAGGGUUACCUGUCCUCAGGUCCUGAUACAGAAACAUCUGGUUCGUCUCCUGUCAGUUGUUUUUCCUAACCUACAAUCAGAAGAUACACCAUGCCUUCUAUCUGUAGAUCUAUUUCAUGUUUUGGUAGGUGCUGUGUUAGCAUUCCCAUCCUUGUACUGGGAUGACACCGUUGACCUGCAGCCUUCAUCUGUUAGUUCUUCAUAUAACCACCUUUAUCUCUUCCAUUUGAUCACCAUGGCACACAUGCUUCAGAUACUUCUUACAGCAGACACAGGGCUCUCCCUUGCUCAGGGUGAAGAGGACUGUGAGGAGGCUCGAUGUGCAGCUGCUUUCUUUGCGGAAGUCUCACAGCACACGGACGGCUUCAUUGGCUGUGGCCCUUCUGGCUGGUCCCUGUGGGUCUCACUGAAGAAUGGCAUCACCCCUUAUCUUCGCUGUGCCGCAUUGUUUUUCCACUACUUACUUGGGGUGACUCCCCCUGAAGAACUGUUUGCCAAUUCUGCUGAAGGAGAGUACACUGCACUCUGUAGCUAUCUAUCUUUGCCCACAAAUUUAUUCCUGCUUUUCCAGGAAUAUUGGGAUACCAUAAGGCCUUUACUGCAGAGGUGGUGUGCGGAUCCUGCCGUGCUCAGCUCUCUGAAGCAGAAGAGUGCUGUGGUCAGGUACCCAAGAAAAAGAAAUAGUUUGAUAGAGCUUCCCGAUGACUACAGCUGUCUUCUAAAUCAAGCUUCUCAUUUUAGGUGUCCACGGUCUGCAGAUGAUGAGCGAAAGCAUCCUGCCCUCUGUCUUUUCUGUGGAGCCAUCCUGUGUUCUCAGAACAUUUGUUGCCAAGAAAUAGUGAAUGGGGAAGAGGUUGGAGCUUGCAUUUUUCAUGCACUUCAUUGUGGCGCUGGAGUCUGCAUUUUCCUAAAAAUCAGAGAAUGCAGAGUGGUCCUUGUGGAAGGGAAAGCCAGAGGCUGUGCUUAUCCAGCCCCUUACUUGGAUGAAUAUGGAGAAACAGACCCUGGGCUAAAGAGGGGAAACCCACUUCACUUAUCUCGGGAGCGAUAUCGGAAGCUGCAUCUGGUCUGGCAACAGCACUGCAUUAUUGAGGAGAUUGCUCGGAGCCAGGAGACUAAUCAGAUGCUAUUUGGAUUCAACUGGCAGUUACUCUGAGCUCCAACUCUGCCUCAAGACAAUCAUGAGUGACAUCAAUAAUAAAGACUGAUUUAAAAUUCCAGAGAACUUUCUGUGGAUGGGAAAGUAUUGGAGGGUCUUUUGAUCCAUGUCCAGAUUCACAUACAUUAAUAAAAUAUUCCUUAAUGGGAUAUUGCUUUCAGUUAGUAAACAUAAGCUUCAAGGAAAAACAGGACAUAGAUUAAAAACAGACAUAGUUUUGUGUUCUAGAACACUAAAGAAAUGCUUGUUCACCCAAGUGUCUAUUUCUGCAAAUAUUUCCAGAAAACUCAUUCCCUUUCAUAACUGUCCUAUUUCAUUUCUUAUCACCCACCUGGUAAAUGAAAUCACAUCAAGCAUUUGUGGACAUUUUCACAUCUGGUUGACGUCUCUGCACUUUCGUACUUGCAUUAGAUCUCUACAAGAUGCUGGUCACCUGUGCUGGUCUAAAGAGGAACUGCAGAACUAUGCAGUAGCUUUCAACUGAAAAAGGUUUUAAAAAUCUAGAUUUCUUAUUUAAGGAAAUACCCUUACUGUACCACCCACGGCUUGAGCCAGCAGCAGAUCUAAGUCUCUCUGUGAACUGGGAGUGGUGCGAGUCUGGAAAGCGUCCUUCCAGGUAGACCUCGAGAAGAGUCGGGAUGAUGUGCUCACUGUGCAUCCCCUGUACAGAAGCCUCUUGUCCUCACCUGGUCUAGACAGCUCGGUGGAGUCACAGGUGGUCCGUUCCGCUUUCCAAAAGCAGGUUUCUGCAGCGAGAUCAUGAGCGCUCACGUGAGUGGCCCCAUCCUAUUUGACUCUCAGAAAACUUUUGGUGUUCUGAAGCAAACUCUCUGUAGAAUAAGAAUCAGAAAUGCCCUGUGAAGGGUCAUUUAAGCUGAAAUUUGAGCAGCCAUAUUUAAGCCAGUUCUGCGGCCUUCUAUGGCUUCUAAGAAACAGAUCUUAGAUUUGAUGCCUGUCUAUGUGAAACCUUUUCAUAAACUAUGAAACUUAUAAACUAUGGUUUAUGACUGAUAAAAAUAGCCAAAAAAAAAAAAAAGGCCUUGUAAUCAUCAGGCCUGUGUCCUAUUAUAACCUGCUAUAGUUGAGCCAUCUCGCUUAAAACCGAUACAGCUCUCGAGUCUGUGCAGAACUUCUUGGUUCUUGGUUUUAACCUUUUAUAUCAAGAAGUUGUGAAUUAACUGCAGAGAGAAGAGCAGCUGAUAACUUGUUUUAGCUUCUGUGAUAUUGGAUAAUGUUGCAGUUGCAAGGUGUAUUUGAAGAUAUAUUUUCUUUUGCCCUUGGCUGCUGCUGCCAUGUAUGUGUGCAAGUGUAUUUCUACCACCUCUGUCGAGUGAAGGCAAGAAAAUGAAAAGGAAAUUUUGCUGAGUGAUACGCAUUUGGGGCUAAAUUUAUUGCCCAUUUUAUGGAAAAGUGUGUUUUGCAGUAAGAAAUUCGUAUAAGCAGGCACCAGAAUCACAAUCAUGAUUUCCUACUUAGAUAAUUACUAGUCAGAUGAAAUCAGGAACUAGAUACAACUAUAAUGUACAGUUCACAGCAAUUUAUGGGAGACGAAGAUCAGAAAAUUCAGUAUUUUGCUUGUGUGAUUUGCCAAUAUGAUUAAGUGAUUUGAACAUUACCCUUUGUUUUUUAUAUAACUUUUUGAAGGGGUUGUUUAGUUCUGAAAUCUGGACCAGAGCAGGCAGCAGAAGAUGCUCAUUUCUGCCUUUGUUUUCUGGCCCCCAUUUGGCAAGGAUAAAGACUUUAUUUUUAGCCUUCUUAGAUUCAAUUUGUAAACUGCGGAGCUAAGCUAUCAAGCUGCAGGAGAACUAGCAGGCACUGGCCAGCCGACCUUUACUGCCAAAGAACCUAAUUUAUUACUGAGUUCUGCACUGGAGGUGAACAUAUGCCACAGUGCUGCCCAGCCCAAGGGAUUUCUAAUGAUAAUAUCAUGACAAAUGAUUUAAGCCUGCUUAUCAAGUUUACGUAAGCAAUCAAGUCACUUUAUUUAGUGUAAUAUAUGAAAGAAUUGGUUCAGUAGGAUGGCUCCGACUCUGAGUUUCUAAUAUUGGUGAGGGGCUGGCAAGGAUUUUAAUGAUACAGUAAAGAAAAACAUAUAUCUGUAUAAUUAAUUUAUUAUGUUAGUGUAUGGGCUGUGAGUUCACCUUUUAGUGGUCAUUUGUCAUUUCAUAACAACUAUGCAUUUUGGUUCACUGUGAUGAUGAUCUCUAUUUAGUGACUGCAACAUGUUUAUACCACUGAUUCAAAUUCCAUUCAUGAUGAAGUUAAACAAAUGAUGCAUAUAUUGAUAGCUUUUAUUGCAAAAAUGUAAAUUAAAAACUUGUAUAAUGUUCCUGUGCUUUUUGAAAUAAAAUACCUUAUAUGUGUA